GUUCCUGCUUCCAGUGAUGGCGUCUGCUGAUCUGAGAGACGAGCUGACCUGCUCCAUCUGUCUGAACAUUUAUACAGAUCCUGUAAUCCUGACAUGUGGACAUAGCUACUGCCGGGUCUGCAUUGACAAUGUGCUGGACACACAGGGGGUGAGAGGAUAUUCCUGUCCUGAAUGCAGACAAUUAUUUAACACAAGACCAGACCUGCAAAGAGCUCUAACACUGCGUAACAUAGUGGAGAGUUUCCUAUCUACUCACCCAGAGCAGGAGGAGGUUGGGAUCUCCUGUACUUACUGUGACUCUCCUGUACCGGCUGCUAAAACAUGUCUGCACUGUGAAGCUUCUCUGUGUAAUAAACACUUAAAGAAACACAGCCAGUCAGCAGAACAUGUCCUAACUGAACCCACCACUUCACUGGGAGACAGAAAAUGCUCCGUCCACAAGAAUGUCCUGGAGUAUUACUGCUCUGAGGAUGCUGCCUGUAUCUGUGUGUCCUGCAGUCUGGCCGGAGAGCACAGGGGACACGCGGUGGAGACUCUGAAUGAGGCCUCUGAGAAGAAGAAGGAGAAACUGAGAAAUAUUCUGCAGAAACUGAACUUAAAGAGAGAGGAGGCUGAGAAAAGAGUCCAGAGCCUGCAGGAGCUCAGGAGAGAAGUGUCAGAUAAAGCAGCUGGGGUAACAGAGGAAGUUACUGCCCUGAUUAGGGGCAUCAGGGAACAGCUGGAAGCUCUAGAGCAGCGAGUCCUGAGUGAGAUCUCCAGGCAGGAAGAGCAGGUCUCACUCCGAGUUUUAGAUCUAAUCCGGCAGCUGGAAAUAAAGAAGGAGGAUCUGUCCAGGAAGAUGGGUCACAUUGAGGAGCUGUGUAACAUGACGGACCCAUUAACUGUCUUACAAGGACGGGAAUCAGACAGCGCUGACUAUUGUGAUACUGAGGAGGGAGAUAAUGAGGACAGAGAGAGAGAUGAUAACAAGGUCCGUGCUGUAGGGAAUCUGGAUGUGGGUCUGAUCUCAGUGACCUUACACUCAGGAUUAGCUGGGAUUGUGACCGGAGUAAAGAGACAGCACCUGAGGGUAAACACGGCUUCAGACAUGUUACUGGGUGUAAACACGGCUGCUAAUGAUGUAACUGUAUCGGGUGAUAUGAAAACUGUAUCCAGGUCAGGAAUAAAGCAGAGUCGCCCAGAAACACCAGAGAGAUUUGAGUAUUCUCAGGUUUUAAGCUCCAGGAGUUUCUCCUCAGGGCGACAUUACUGGGAAGUGGAGGGCAGUGAAUCAGGGGGAUGGGAGGUAGGGAUGGCCUAUCGCAGUAUAGACAGGAAAGGAGAUCAGUCAGUGAUUGGAAAUAAUAACAAGUCCUGGGAUUUGUGGAGGUUGUUUAAUAAUCUGUAUUAUGUGAGACAUGACAGUAAAGAUAUCGAGUUACCCCCCCCCCCCCCUUCCAGCCGGAGAUUCAGGAUAUUCCUGGACUACGAGGCCGGGCGGCUGUCCUUUUAUGAGCUGUGUGACCCCAUCAGACACUUACACACCUUCACUGCCACCUUCACUGAGCCGCUUCAUGCUAUAUUCAGGGUAUAUGGGGAUAAUACCUGGCUGAGAAUGUAUUGAAUGAUUUAUUAAUCUAAUUAAAGAGAUUUAAUCCCGGAGUGGGAAUCACGAGACGGUAAUACUGAUCUGGGUGUGGGCGGAGCAUCACAACAGGGUUAGCUCCACCCACAUGAACUGGGACUGGGCGGAGCCUGUUACUAAGCAACAGCUGCUCUGUGUGUCACUGUGUGUGAUUGUGGGUGAAUGUUACUGACAUUAAAGCAGAAUUACUCAAUACAGACAGACAUCUCUAUAAUUAAACUAUA